AUGUACGGAUCAGGCCAGCAGACGGGCAUUUCCACGCCACGCUCUGCCGCAAAUUUGCGCCCGCUCAUCCUCACCCACGGCUCGCUCGAGUACACGCUCCUUAUUCCAACCGCCCUCCACUUCACCGCCCAGCAAUUGAGGGACACCUUCAAGACGACACUUCCCGAGCCCACAGACGAACUUGCCCAAGAUGACGAGCCAUCGUCAGUCGAGGAGCUGGUCGCGCGAUACCUCGGCUUCGUUGCCAAGGAGGUAGAGGAGGGCGAGGACCCCGACUCGUUUGAGGAGGUGCUCAAGCUCGUCCUCACAGAGUUUGAACGCGCAUUCCUCCGGGGCAACGAGGUGCAUGCCUUGGCUGCUACACUGCCCGGCAUCACCGAGAAGAAGCUGGUGGCGGUCCGAUCAUACUACGCUGCCCGCGCUGCAGUCGAGAGGCCAAUCAAGCACCACGAAUCUGCGUUGCUGCGCGAGUCCGCCGACGAGAACGCCUUCAUAUAUGCAGUCCUGGGCGGCCAGGGCAACAUCGAGGAGUACUUUGAUGAACUCCGCGAGAUCUACAACACAUACGGCUCCUUUGUCGAAGACUUCAUCGCCGCCGAAGCACAGCAUCUUUUGACUCUGUCGCGAGACCCACGCGCGGAGAAGCUCUACUCCAAGGGACUAGAUGUGAUGCGCUGGCUCAACAACCGCGAAUCGCAGCCUGACACCGACUACUUGGUUUCUGCGCCUGUCAGCUUGCCGCUGAUCGGUUUAACACAGCUGGCCCACUACGUCGUCACCUGCAGAGUUCUUGGCAGCCAUCCUGGUUAUGUCCGAAGUCGCAUUGCCGGUGUUACUGGUCAUUCACAGGGUGUUGUUACGGCCGCUGCAAUCGCAGAAGCAAAGAAUUGGGAGACCUUCGAGAAGUCUGCCAAGAAAGCGAUUGAGAUUCUGUUCUGGGUUGGUACUCGCAGCCAACAAGCUUUCCCCCGAACAUCACUCGCGCCAUCUGUGCUACAAGACUCCGUCGACAAUGGUGAGGGUACACCAACGCCUAUGCUUUCGAUCCGAGACCUUUCCCGAAAGGCUGUCCAAGAUCACAUCGAUGCGACCAAUUCGCAUCUGCCGCAAGACAGGCAUAUUGCCAUCUCUCUCGUCAACAGCGCGCGUAAUUUCGUAGUAACAGGUCCUCCCAUCUCCCUGUACGGGUUGAACCUGCGUCUGCGGAAGAACAAGGCCCCCACUGGUUUGGACCAAACAAGGAUACCUUUCACAGAGCGAAAGGUGCGAUUUGUUAACCGCUUCCUUCCCAUCACCGCCCCAUUCCACAGCCCAUAUCUAGAGGAUGCCACAAAGCAGCUCGAGGAUGAUCUCAAACACAUCAAGAUCGCAACGAGCGACCUCGGCAUUCCCAUGUACGAUACACACACUGGUCAAGACAUCCGCGAGGAGAGCUCCGACAAUGUCGUACCCAGGCUUGUAAGCAUGAUCACCAAUGACUCGGUCGAAUGGGAGAAAGCGACAAUCUUCCCCAAGGCGACCCACAUCCUUGACUUUGGCCCGGGCGGUAUCUCUGGACUUGGUGUACUCACCCACCGGAACAAGGAAGGAACGGGUGUCCGAGUCAUCCUUGCAGGAGCUAUCGAUGGCCAGAACCCCGAGAUUGGUUACAAGCCUGAGAUUUUCGACCGCGACUCUGAACACGCCGUCACCUAUGCUGCCGACUGGGUCAAGGAGCAUGGCCCGAAGCUUGUGAAGACGUCGACUGGCAAGACAUACGUUGAUACCAAGAUGAGCAGAACGCUUGGACUUCCUCCAGUCAUGGUCGCCGGUAUGACGCCCUGCACUGUUCCCUGGGACUUUGUAGCUGCCACGAUGAAUGCCGGUUACGAGAUUGAGCUUGCUGGUGGUGGCUACUACAACGAAAAGACUAUGACUGCUGCUAUCAACAAGGUCGAGAAAGCCAUCCCUGCUGGUCGUGGUAUCUCAAUCAAUUUGAUCUACGUCAGUCCUCGCGCCAUGGCCUGGCAGGUCCCCCUUUUGGCCAAGCUGAGAGCUGAGGGUGUGCCUAUCGAGGGUCUGACCAUCGGUGCCGGCGUGCCUUCCAUCGAAGUUGCCAACGAAUACAUCGAGACUCUCGGCAUCAAGCACAUGGCUUUCAAGCCUGGUUCAGUUGAGGCUAUUCAAGCGACCAUGAACAUUGCAAAGGCCAACCCAACCUUCCCAAUUCUCCUCCAGUGGACUGGAGGCCGUGGUGGUGGCCACCAUUCGUUUGAGGAUUUCCAUCAGCCGAUCUUGCAGAUGUAUGGCCGCAUGCGCAAAUGCGAAAACUUGAUCCUCGUCGCAGGAUCUGGCUUUGGUGGCGCGGAAGACACAUACCCCUAUCUUACCGGUACAUGGUCAACCAAAUUCGGCUACCCGCCUAUGCCCUUCGAUGGCUGCUUGUUUGGCAGUCGCGUCAUGACUGCUAAAGAAGUACACACUUCCAAGAUGGCAAAACAGGCUAUUGUUGAUGCUCCAGGUCUUGAUGACAGCGAAUGGGAGAAGACGUACAAGGGCCCAGCCGGCGGUGUCAUUACCGUGCGCUCGGAGAUGGGUGAGCCAAUUCAUAAGCUUGCCACGCGCGGUGUCAUCUUCUGGCAUGAAAUGGACCAGAAAAUCUUCAGCCUGGACAAGGCUAAACGUGUUCCUGAGCUUAAGAAGAUGCGCGAAUACAUCAUCGAGAAGCUGAACAAAGACUUCCAGAAGGUCUGGUUUGGUAAGAACAAGAAGGGAGAAUCCGUCGAUUUGGAGGACAUGACAUACACCGAGGUUGUCCAACGAAUGGUUGACCUGAUGUAUGUCAAGCACCAGUCUCGCUGGAUCGAUCCAAGCUUGAAGAACUUGACCGGGGACUUUAUUCGACGAGUCGAGGAACGCUUUAGCAAGACCAGCACUGAGUCGCUCAUCCAAAGCUACGAAGAGCUCAAUGAUCCCUUCCCGAUGCUCGAGAAGGUCUUUGAGACUUUCCCCGAGGCCAGCGAGCAGUUGAUCAGUGCUCAGGAUGUUCAGCACUUCCUCCUGCUCUGUCAGCGAAGGGGACAGAAGCCUGUUCCUUUCGUUCCUGUCCUCGAUGACACGUUCGAGUUCUUCUUCAAGAAAGACUCCCUUUGGCAGUCCGAGGACCUCGAUGCUGUCGUCGAUCAAGAUGUUGGCAGGACGUGUAUUCUGCAGGGACCCAUGGCUGUCAAGUACUGCACCAAGGUUGAUGAGCCUAUCAAGGAGAUUCUGGACGGAGUUCACAACGGCCACAUUGAGUAUCUGCUUCGUGAUGUGUAUGAGGGUGACGAGUCCAAAGUGCCUGUUAUCGAGUAUUUCGGUAGCAAGCUCCUCGCAGUCACGGAAGGAGUGGAGGUCGAUGGUCUUACCGUCUCGCAGCUCGAGAACAAGACUAUCUACCGUUUGUCCGCCGCCGCCAACGCUACGAUGCCUGAAAUACAGUCGUGGUUACAUCUUCUGGCCGGAUCCACUUACUCAUGGAGACACGCCUUCUUCACUACCGACGUGUUUGUACAAGGACAGCGCUUCCAGACGAACCCGACUUCCAGGGUCUUUGCCCCUACGCCUGGCAUGAUAAUCGAGAUUCUUAAUCCUGAGGAGCCUGCCAAAACUUCGAUCACGGUGAAGGAGGUUCACCAUGGAGCCAAGUACGUCAAGACUGCCGAAGUUAGCCUCGCGGAGAACAACGAGAUUGUGCUCAAUCUGUACGAGGAGCGCACCGCGCUUAAGCAAACUGUUGCUAUGCCUUUCCGCUUCACUUAUCGUCCCGACGUCGGCUAUGCUCCUAUUCACGAAGUCAUGGAAGCUCGCAACGACCGAAUCAAGGAAUUCUACUAUAAGAUCUGGUUUGGCGAUGAGGCGUGCCCCUUCGAGGCCUCGGUUACCUCCCAGUUCGACGGUGGCCGUGCUACUGUCACUAGCGAGGCCAUCAACGACUUCGUACAUGCUGUUGGUAACACUGGAGAAGCAUUCGUUGAUCGACCCGGUAAGGAAGUUUUUGCGCCUAUGGACUUUGCGAUUGUCGUUGGAUGGAAAGCCAUUACCAAACCCAUCUUCCCUCGAGCUAUUGAUGGUGAUCUGCUGAAGCUCGUCCAUCUUUCCAACGGGUUCCGCAUGAUUCCUGGAGCAGAGCCUUUGAAGAAGGGUGAUGUGCUCGAAACUACUGCUCAAAUCAACGCUGUCAUCAACCAAGACGCUGGCAAGAUGGUUGAAGUAUGCGGUACCAUCACUCGGGAUGGGGAGUCUGUCAUGGAGGUGACGAGCCAGUUCUUGUACCGUGGUGCAUACGACGACUUCGAAAACACGUUCCAAAGGAAGAUCGAGAAGUUGAUGCAUCUACACCUGGCUACAAGCAAGGACGUUGCUAUCCUACGAUCAAAGGAAUGGUUCAACUUUGAGGAGCCGGAGAUCGACCUAUUGAACAAGACUCUGAUCUUCAAGCUUGAGACGUUUGUGCGCUACAAGAACAAGACAGCGUUCUCUCAAAUCGAGACUAUUGGCGAGGUCCAACUCGAACUCCCAACCAAAGAGGUCAUCCAGAUCGCAUCCGUCAACUACCAGUCCGGCACUUCGUAUGGCAAUCCCGUGCUCGACUACCUUGAGCGUAACGGAUCAGUUGUUGAUCAACCAGUCCACUUUGAGAACGCGAUUCCGCUGCAUGGCAAGACACCUCUUACACUGAGGGCCCCUGCCUCCAACGAGAACUAUGCUCGUGUCUCGGGCGACUACAACCCUAUCCACGUUUCUCGCGUUUUCGCCAGCUACGCCAACUUGCCUGGCACGAUCACACACGGCAUGUACUCCAGUGCGGCUGUCAGGAGUUUGGUAGAGACGUGGGCUGCCGAGAACAACGUCGGUCGUGUUAGGAGCUACCACGCUAGUCUUGUUGGUAUGGUGCUUCCUGACGACAUGCUUGAUGUCAAGCUCCAGCACGUUGGCAUGGUCUCUGGUCGCAAGAUCAUCAAGAUCGAGGUCAGCAACCAAGAGACGGAAGACAAGGUCCUUCUUGGUGAGGCUGAAGUGGAACAACCCACGACGUCGUAUGUCUUCACUGGACAGGGUUCCCAGGAGCAAGGCAUGGGUAUGGAGCUGUACAACAGCAGCGCUGUGGCCAAGGAGGUUUGGGACCGUGCCGACAAGCACUUCAUGGACAAUUAUGGAUUCGCCAUCACCAACAUUGUCAAGAACAACCCGAAGGAGCUUACCAUCCACUUUGGUGGACCCCGUGGUAAAGCCAUCCGCCAGAACUACAUGUCGAUGACGUUCGAGACUGUCAGUGCCGACGGAACGAUCAAGUCGGAGAAGAUCUUCAAGGAGGUUGACGAGAACACGACUUCAUACACAUACCGAUCCCCAACCGGUCUGCUGUCUGCCACACAGUUCACGCAGCCUGCCUUGACACUCAUGGAGAAGGCUUCUUUCGAGGACAUGCGAGCCAAGGGACUGGUCCAGCGCGACAGCACCUUCGCGGGACACUCGCUCGGUGAAUACUCUGCUCUUGCUGCGCUAGCCGAAGUGAUGCCGAUUGAGAGUUUGGUAUCGGUCGUGUUCUACCGCGGUCUCACGAUGCAGGUGGCAGUGGAGCGUGAUGCGGACGGCCGAUCCAACUACUCCAUGUGCGCUGUCAACCCAAGCAGGAUUUCGAAGACAUUCAACGAGCAAGCACUUCAGUACGUGGUGGAGAACAUUGCGGAGACGACAGGGUGGCUCUUGGAGAUUGUCAACUACAACAUUGCCAACAUGCAGUACGUGGCUGCCGGUGACCUCCGAGCGUUGGACUGCCUCACCAACGUGACCAACUACCUCAAGCAACAGAAGAUCGACAUCCAGGCGCUCAUGCAGAGCUUGUCGAUGGAGGAUGUCAAGGCCCACUUAGUGGAGAUUAUCAAGGGCUGCGCCGAGCAGACUGAAGCCAAGCCCAAGCCUCUGGAUCUGCAGCGUGGAUUCGCGACGAUUCCGCUCAAGGGCAUCGAUGUGCCGUUCCACAGCACCUUUUUGCGAUCUGGAGUCAAGCCAUUCCGCAGCUUCCUGCUCAAGAAGAUUCACAAGACGUCGAUCGACCCGUCCAAGCUGGUCGGCAAAUAUAUUCCUAACGUGACGGCCAAGCCGUUUGCCCUUACCAAGGAGUACUUUGAGGAUGUGUACAAGCUCACCAACUCCCCAAAGAUUGGCAACAUCCUGGCCAACUGGGAGAAGUACGAGGAGAAGGAGGGCAGCACAGAAGAGAGCAAGGUGGCAGCUUAG